UUCCGCAUGGUGACCGGGGACCUGGAGAAGGUGCUGUCCCUGCUGCUGUCCCUCUCCUGCCGGCUGCUGCGCACUGAGGCGGCCCUGGAGGACCUCAGUGCCGAGAACCACCAUACGCGGCUCCCCCUGCUGGAGAAGAAGCAGCAGCUGCUGGCCCAGCUUAUGGAGGCGCGGGAGCUGAAGGAGCACGUGGAUGGGCGGCAGCGAGCCGUGUGCAAGGCGUUGGGAGGCAGCCUGACGCCGGAGCAGCUGCGUGACUACAGCCACUUCCUCCGCAUGAAGGCCGCCCUGCUCGUGGAGCAGAGGCAGCUGGAGGACCGGAUCCGGCUGCUCGAGGAGCAGCUGCGGGCCCUGAGAGAGAGCCUGCCGUCCGGCAACAGCCCGCCCUCAGGCCUGGGAUACUACUGACAGCAGGGCCGGGGCUAUGUCAGUUACUGACAGCAACUACUGACAUAACUGGGCUACAUCUACUACUGACAGCAGGGCUGGGCUAUGCCAGUUACUGACAGCAACUACUGGCAGAACUGGGGUUCAUCUACUACUGAUAUAACUGGGCUACAUCUACUACUGACAGGACAGGGCUAACCCAAGCUCCAGCCAUGGGACCACCAUUCCGCUGUGAACCAGGGGCUUGCUGGUUAAUGAGAAGCCCUCUCGCUCUUACUGGGGACCACUACUGUCACAUUUUAGGGAGCGAACAGAGAUGCAGGGAAAUGCAGCACUUCCUGUUUCUCAAGCCUUCUGUGUAUAAUAAUUAAUAUGCAUUCAGGCAUGACUGACUUUUUUGUUAUUUAUUUGUUUUAUUUAUUUGUGUGGGUGGGGGAGGAAGUGGAGGGAUUAAGGUGCCUGGUUCUGAGGCCCCUCUACAGAAAGACAUACAGACAGACAUACAGACAAAACACUGCUGGUAUAAAUCCCAUGGCAUUAAUACACAGCACAGGCACCACAUACCAAUCAAUGAAAUACAAUGAACAAUGGACAUUCUUGAUAAUAAAUUGAGCACUUAAUGAAAGAGUUGCCACAGAUGGCAAAGGGACGGUGCAUUUCUGGACAGGUCGUACUGCAUGGGCCAAAGGAUGGGAGGGGCUGGUGCCCUUACACCAUGGAACCACCAUGGAAUCAAAAUUGCUUGAGUCAUGUCACAUAAACAAAGCUUCCUUCAGAUGAAUCUUACAGAAAUGCACUGAUGUGAUUGCUGUAUGAUACCAAGACUUCUCUGAUGUCAACUGUCCGUCCUGCUUUGGGUGAAAAUAUUGCUGACUGAAUUUGUGACUGAAUUUGCUCUGUUUCAAAAUGAAAAUGCUAAUGCUGCCUUCUGAUUUAUUAAUUCAUUUGAAUCAAUAAAUAAAAUGUGUGAAGAAUGCUGUAAAAAUACA